AUGCGAAUACGGGCUGUGCUUGAGCAGGGCGCGCAGUGCGUGGGCGAGGCGGAAGGAACGAAAGGGGGUUUGCCGCGGGUGGGCGCUCUAGGGGCGGCGGGUCCGCCCGUCCCUUCCCGUGCGGGCCGCGGGGUAAUAUAUCCUCCACAUUCAAAACUCUCAGAUAAAGAGAAAACCAAUAUUUGCUAUUUGUCUUUUCCAGAUUCUAAUUCGGGUUGUCUUGGGGACACACAGUUUUGUUUUAGAUUUCGACGGUCUUCUGGAAGGAAAGUCUCAUUGUGUUGUUUUCUGGACCAAUUGGAUAGAGAUCUACCAGUUUACUUAAAGAAAGAUCCAGCAUAUUACUACGGCUAUGUAUAUUUCAGACAAGUUCGAGACAAAUCAUUAAAAAGAGGCUACUUCCAGAAGUCACUGGUCCUCAUCAGCAAACUACCUUAUGUCCAUCUCUUUCGCACCAUGCUUAAGCAAAUAGCACCAGAAUACUUUGAAAAAAGUGAAGCUUUCCUGGAAGCAGUUUGUAGUGAUGUUGAUCGUUGGCCACCACCAAUUCCAGGGAAAAUACUGCAUUUGCCUAUUAUGGGUAUUAUAAUGAAGUUGCGGAUUCCAACAUAUCGUGACAAGCCUGGAACAACGCCAAUAGUACAGAAUAUACACCAGGCAGAUGCUCAGAUCUCUAUGGCUUUACCGACUGUUCAUGAAGUAGAUCUUUUCAGGUGUUUCUGUCCAGUGUUCUUUCACAUUCAGAUGCUUUGGGAACUAGUACUGCUAGGAGAACCACUUGUCGUGAUGGCACCAUCACCAUCAGAAUCUUCAGAAACCGUGUUGGCACUGGUUAGUUGUAUUUCACCGUUGAAGUACUGCAGUGAUUUCAGGCCAUAUUUUACCAUACAUGACAGUGAAUUCAAAGAAUAUACAACUCGCACACAAGCCCCACCAUCUGUCAUUCUAGGGGUGACGAAUCCUUUUUUUGCUAAAACGCUUCAGCACUGGCCUCACAUUAUCCGAAUUGGAGAUAUUAAACUUCCAGGUGAAGUUCCAAAGCAGGUGAAAGUGAAAAAACUGAAGAACCUAAAAACUUUGGACUCCAAACCUGGUGUUUAUACCUCUUACAAGCCAUACUUGAACAAAGAUGAAGAAAUCGUUAAACAGUUACAAAAGGGUGUACAACAGAAACGUCCUACAGAAGCACAGAGUGUGAUUCUUCGGCGGUAUUUUUUGGAAUUGACGGAAAGUUUCAUUAUUCCACUAGAACGUUAUGUGGCGAGCCUAAUGCCUUUGCAAAAAUGCAUAUCACCAUGGAAGAGUCCACCACAGCUGAGGCAGUUUAGCCAAGAUGACUUCAUGAAGACACUGGAAAAAGCAGGACCACAGCUCACAUCAGGUUUAAAAGGAGACUGGAUAGGACUUUACAGGCAUUUUUUGAAAUCGCCGAACUUCGAUGGCUGGUUUAGGAGCCGGCAGAAAGAAAUGACACAGAAGUUGGAGGCCCUUCAUUUAGAAGCACUCUGUAAUGAGAACUUGGUUUUCUGGAGUCAGAAGCAUACUGAAGUAGAAACGGUGGAUCUUGUCUUAAAGUUAAAGAAUAAACUGUUGCAGGCUGACAGAGAACAGCUUCCGGUGAAAACUGACACACUGAAAAAGCUGCAGACACACAUCAAUGAUAUUAUACUAGCACUUCCAGAUGACUUACAGGACAUCUUGCUCAAAACUGGCACAACAUGAUUUCUACUGGGCUUUUUUUGUGCAGAAAACAAAAGGCAAAUGUAGCUUCACAGAAGGCAGUGGCUUACCAACUUUGGAACACAGCUCUAAAUAGUAUGUUAACACUACAAAUGGACUGUACUAAUAGUAUAGCCCACUAUACUAUUUUCACUGUUUUUUCCACUUAAAUACCAAUGCAACUAAAGGAAUUCCUGUGUCUAAUGAUGUUUGAAAUAAGUGCUCUUAAAGAAAAAUCUGUGGGCAUAUGAAACUACCACAGCAUAGGACCACAGUGCAGUGCUGGCAUUGCAGAAUGGUGCUGCUAUACCCAGUCCUGUUAACUCAGGGGUAAGCGAUAUUGAUCCUGUACUGUCCUGUUGAUGUAGUAUCUGAUUGCUUUUCUUUUUUUUUUUUUUCUUUUAGUUUUCAUCUCGUGAUAAGUCCAACUGGCAUAUUAUGUGACUUGGUCAGAAUACGUUAUAGUUGAGGCAUUUUACUGGUAAAUCAUUGCUUUCGAAACUGUUUCAGGGACGGCUGAAAUAAUUGGAUCGGUUCUUAACUUUCUUCCUUUUUCCUUCUUACCAUCUUUCCAAAACCAUAUUAAUUUAGCAUCUUUAAAGAGGAGAAGGCAGCUGACAAAAAUUUCCUGAAGAGAAGUCGCUUCCAUUCAGUGUUAGUUAAUUAGGGUGCUCUUACUCACAUGCCUUAAAUAUAAAGUAAACGUAUACUAAUUGGUGAUUUUAAACUGCUGACAUUUCAGGAUUUGAAGUGGAUUACUGGUGUAAAUGUAAGCAAGCAGUAUUCAUCACAGGAAAUAAACACUGUCAUGUUCUAAUAUGGAUUUUAAAAUCGGUGAUUUCAGUAGAGUUAGCUGAUACACAAUCUGUUUCAGUUGGAGAUCAUAGCAGUCAGCUCCUGUUAUAAUUUUUUUAUUAUUUUUUUUUUACUUAUACCAGUAAGGUGUUUGAGGAGGUAAUGGGACUGGAGGGAGAUGAUGUUGGCUGCAGCUGAAAAAACCCUAUGGAAAGGUCAAACUGUGGCAAGAAAAGAUAUUCUCAGUAUAUGCAUAUAGCAGACAUGCGUAAAGAGUAAUUUCCUCUUGCAUAUGAAGCAACAAGAAUGCGAUGUUUAUCUUCUUGAACAAGUUUCAGUGGUAUAUAAGAACUCAGCUGCUCCACAAUGCAGUGUUGUACUUUGACCAGUUUCAAGUAGAAUAAACUGAAUGCUAUAGUGUACACACAGCAUACACUUUUAUAUGACAAGUGGAUCACAGUUAUAAAAAAAAUUCUGCUUUUAAGUGCUUGGAUAGAAUUUUUUAAAACUUAUGACAUAAUCCCGCUAUAAGAAUAUGCUUUUGUAUGAUAAAUAUUUCAUACCAUCUUUCUAAAAAGUCUUAUUUAGAUACAAAGAGUCACAACAAUAUUUUUAUGAAAAUAUGUAUUUUAAUACUGUUAUGGUUUGUAUACAAUUACUCAUGACCAAAAGUUUAAUGUAUCAAUUAUGUUACUUAAACUACACCACUUCAGCAUUAAUUUCUAACUUGCAAAUUUUUUUUGCACACCCUGAUGAAUAGCAUUUCUAAUCCAGAAAUUAGUAAGUGGCUAUUCUUAUACUAAAUUAUCUUAAAUAUUUAACCUGGAGCACUGUGUAGUUUCUCAGAUCCGUGUAAACCGGUAACAACUAUGAUAACUAUCACAUGACUGCAAAUAUGUAUUUUUGUAAAAGGAAAUAAAAGGUUUGAUUUUUAUUUUUUCUUUGGAAGUUACGUGACUUAGAUGAUGGGUGUGAUUUGUUCGUUUGUUUCUCCCCUCUCCUUUGUAAGCAAAGCUGUUCAGCAGCUUGUAGAGACUGCUGUUUAGUCUGACUUUAUGAAGCUGUACCCUUAGGUACAGGACCAGAAAUACCUGAUGGUGACAGAGCGGUGGUGUAGUUUGAUCAUGCAUCAUGGUUGUAAUAUGAUAGAGCUGCGGGAUCCUCAAGAAAGCAAAUGGCAGGGACUGGCUUCCAGGCAAAACUUAUCCAAUCUUCAGUCUAUUUCUUGUACACAUCUGAAUGUGAGAACAUGAGAAACAUGGUAGUGGGAAGUAGACUGCAAGCAAAGCUCAAUUCAGUUUUCUUUAAUGGAGUUGGUAUUAGUUUAAAUCCCUGAAUAACUAGAUCCUUAAACAGAAUUACAAUCUUGUUCAAAAGAAAGGCAAAAAGAAAAGUUGUACUAGUUUGCUAUCUUCGUCAGUGACUUGUAAUGCUUUUAGUAAUGGCAGUUCAAAAGGACCUUAACCUAUUAACUACAAGUCUAGGCAAAAUGUAGUCACUAAAACAGGGAACAGUCCCUCAUUGCAGGUUUCUGAUCUUGUCCUGUCUCUCUCCAGUCCUUUUACACUGAGCAUGCAUAUUCUCAGUGGGGAUGCUUCAGCCAUUCAUAGUGUUGCAGCACAGGAUUUGUAUCAGCUGCAGAAAGUAGUUGCCAGCUUGGUGAGCUGGAAUUUCCCCACCCCUGUUUUUUUAGUUUUGUUUUUAACUCAAUGUGCUUAAAAUACAGGUAAAGAGCUUGUAAUAACCCUCAUUCAUAUGAGGCUUGAUGGCUAAAGAAUAGUGCAAAAACCUACUAGUUUCAGUAGUUCUGCCUCAAUCUUCAUCUGACUUU